GCAGCGGGACACAGCCCUGCGAGGAGCGUGUCCCAGGCAUCAGCAAACGCCUACCAGCUGCGGAGACCAUGCAGGCGGCCCCGGUGCUCCUGGCGCUCGCCCUGGCGCUGGCGGCUCCCUGCUCCUCUGCUGAGCAGAAGUGUGUCCUGACAGGCUUUUGGAUCAACGACCUUGGCUCUAAUAUGACCAUCGGUAGCUUGAACAACAAAAACGAGUUCUCUGGCUCGUACCACACGGCCGUGACAGCCACCAGCAACAAAAUCAGAUCUUCGCCGCUGCAGGGAUCCCAGCACCACAAGAACCAGCGCAACCACCCCACCUUUGGUUUCACCGUCAACUGGAGUUUCUCAGACUCCAUCACCGUCUUCACGGGCCAGUGCUUCGUAGAGAAGGACGGCAGGGAAGUGCUGAAGACCAUGUGGCUCCUGCGAGAGCAGGUCAACAGCAUCAACGACGACUGGAAAGCCACCAGGGUCGGCGUCAACGUCUUCACCCGCCUGCCGUCGCGGAGGGAGUGAGGGAGCCGGGGGCCGCCGCGCCCCGCCGCGCCCCGCCGAGCCCCGCCGUGCCACCGCCGCCCGCUUCCCUCCCUCCCUGCUCCCAAUAAAGCUUUGCCGCAA